GUAAACUGCGCCUUCUUGAGUUUCAGCAUCAACUCCUCCUUCUUUCACAAGACACAAUCAUCGACAUUUCUUACCUUUAUCCUUCCUUUCUGGCUGGGCACAGAAAACUCAGUAUCAAAAAAGAACAUAUUCAGCACUUAUCAUCAUCGCAACAAUAAGCCACAUCAAUUACCCCUGCAUAGUUCCUGCAUGGGCCGAUUUUGAUCGAGACCCAACCCUCGUAAUUCAUGUCAUACAAGCCCUCAAGCAUAAUAAACUCAGAGCAAGCAACCAUAAUCCAAUAAAUUUCUCGGUGCGAGCCGUUACCCUGGAACCUAUCUACUAUGACAAGUGACAAGAUGCCGCGGCCACUUUCCGUUGCCAAAGGCGAGCCAACCGCGACGGUGGUUUCUACCCCGGACGCAUCGAAUAAAUCAGAUACGGCACAUAAGACAACCUUAACCCAGAGCGCCAAGCCUAUCUUGAUGCCAGAUACAUCUAUCGCAACUACCAAGGAUAACGACUCGAUAACACAGCCUAGGGUUUCGAUGAACGUCGAAGAAUUUCAGGGUGAAGUCCAAACUACGAACGAAUUGCCAACAAUUGAGACGCUACGCAAAAUAGAGGCAUACAAUGUUCUCGAUAGUGAUGGAAAGUCGCAUAGUUUCAAGAGUCUCUAUGGCGGCCGCAAUUCUGCCCGCCGAGUGCUCAUAAUAUUUAUUCGGCAUUUUUUCUGUGGUAACUGCCAGGAAUAUUUACGCACGCUUUCGGCCUCGGUUACUCCCGAGGCGCUUUUGCAGUUACCAGUCAGCACCUUCAUCGCCGUAAUAGGGUGCGGCUCCCCACAUCUAAUCAACUCGUACAUCCAAGAGACCGGCUGUCCUUUCCCGGUAUAUGCUGAUCCAACCCGUCGCCUGUAUACUGAACUUGGAAUGGUGCGCACCUUAGCAAUGGGCUCGCGACCAGCCUAUAUGCAAGGGAAAACGCUGGCACAUACUGUCGUCUCUGGUGUAGUCCAGGGUUUGAAGCAAGUGAAAUCAGGCUUGGUGACGAAGAUGGGUGACCAGAAACAAGUUGGCGGGGAGUUCCUUUUCGAACCCGCAACCCUAACACUAGACACUCCCGUCACGACGCCGCGUAGCGAAGAGGACAAGCAGCUGAGGCUUUCAGAAGAGAAAUCAGACGACCAUGAAGACCCCAAGGUAGAGGAAAAGCGCGUCACAUGGUGCCAUCGAAUGCGGACAACCCGAGAUCAUGCCGAGAUCCCCGAGCUAAUGGAGGUACUCGGUUUAGAUGGCACCGGUGCUCCUAUCAAAGAUAAGAAGAGAUGGGAUAAGGCCUUGAGGACGAGGAAGGGCACCGGCUUAAGCAUGGCCAGCCAAAUGAGCCGAUUGAGUGUUGAUACUACUCACACCAAUAAUAACGGCAGUAUAAAGGCAAAUGAGCCUCCCUCCUGACUACCAAAUUGUCGAACGGCAUCACUGGAUGCGAUAUGAAUGAACACGUUUCUAUUCCAUCUAAUCAAUUCUUUUGGAAGAUGUCUUCCAAUCUACAGUUUGGGGAGUACUACCAAGGCAUUCGAUUAUCGAAACACGAUGCGGUCGCCUUUAUCAGUAUGUCUGGUUUGAGAUUAAUGAGUUACGUGGUGUUCUCUACAUCGGCGGUUUUCAAAAUUUAUAACUUGAAUAAUUCGCAUAUAUCGAAUUUGUUUCUAUGGUCGUGAGAGAUUAGCAGGAGUCACAGGCAGAAUUCCAUGGUGAUGGCUGUAGGUACAUAUGUAGGCUUUGGGUAACGUCAUGAACCCAGCUAUAGUAACAUGGAAGCAGAUUAGUUUACAAGCUUAAUGUAAGUCGCUAUCAUUUUCACAUGAGCAGUAAAUCAAAUAUAAUGCCAUAUUACAUACCUUAGGUACUUGUGCUGGCUACGCAAGCUCGCCUGUCGCACCCUAACAGCACAAAUACCUAAGGUACCUAUGUUCUAAAGGGC